AUGGCGCCGGCGACUGCGACGGCGACGGCGACUACCGGCUUCGCUAUAUCGUCCUAUUCGCUUCCACGCCGUCAUACUCCGCCGCUCACUGGUCUUCCCAACUCCAAGAGAUUGUUUCUGGUUAACUUUAAAUGCCAGCUGGAGAGCAGUCAGAGGAGUACCUGUCCACCUGAAUCUGAAACGGCGUCGUAUCUGCCUUCGUCUCAAGGGUCGUCUUCUACCUCCGCUGUUGAUGAAGGUGAGCUAAGCAUUUCAGCAUACAAAUGGUGUGCUGCUCUUGGAGGCAUCGGAUUUAUGGAGACAGCAGACAUGGCGUACCUGAAGCUCUCCGGUUCAGACAUCUUGUGCACCAUGGGAGGUGGCGAUUGCUCCUCCAUUCUCAAUAGUGAAUUCUCCUCCCUUUUCGGUGUUCCUCUUCCAUUAUUCGGUAUGGCUGCAUAUGGAAUAGUCUCAAUGCUUUCCCUACAAUUACAACUCAGUCACAAGAAAAGGGCAUUUGACUUUGAGGUCAUUGACAGUGAACUGAUCUUAAUUGGAACAACUACCUCAAUGGCAUUUGCCAGUGCCUACUUUCUGUAUAUUAUGAGCACGGAAUUUGUUGGGAAGCCAUGUUUAUAUUGUUUGGCAUCAGCAACGCUAUCCAUCAGUCUGUUCUUUAUCACCCUAAAGAGUCUGGGGUUAGGCAAAAUUCAAAAAGUAUUGGGUUCACAGUUAUGCAUAGCUAGUUUGGCUGUUAUUGCCUUGACUGGAUCAUUUGAUUCCAUGCAACUUGUCCCAUCAAGCCUAGCAGCUACAGAGAUGCCAUUUGUUGAAACAAAAAUUACUCAAGAGUCCAAUGCUUUGGCCCUUUCUCUUGCAAAGCAUCUACGCUCAAUUGGAGCAAAACUGUACGGGGCUUUCUGGUGUUCUCAUUGUGUGCAUCAAAAACAGUUGUUUGGUCAUGAAGCGUCAGAACUGUUGGACUAUGUAGAGUGCUUUCCUGAUGGAGUAGGAGAAGGAGCUGAUAUGGCUAAAGCAUGUUAUGAUGUUAAUCUUGAAGGUUUCCCAACGUGGGUGAUAAAUGGUCAGGUUUUGAGUGGAGAGAAGCAGCUCCCAGAGCUUGCUAGAUUAUCCGGGAUCAAACUUGAAGAUUUGAAUCAAUAA